AUGUUUGCAGAAUCAACCUGCCGUGCAAAGUCGACAUCAUUGGCCAAGCCUAUUCGAUUGGUAACUCAUUGCCGAUGUCAAAACAGACGUCACCUACACCGCCGUUGUACAUCUUCGCUGGUUGACAAUGACUGGGUUUCCUCCAUCAUACGAGAAAACUGGACUGGAUGCCGGACAAUGCAACCACCUGACUCGCCGCUAAUUAUAUUGCUCCUCCGAGUCUCCGACCCCCCUCGCGCAGGCUCAACCCCCCCAGAACUCCCUAUGGGGUCUCUAAAAUGGGGGCCUGGAGAGGAACGCUGGGGUUUUCAAGUGGGCUCAGUUCAGUGCAACCUGGGUCUUGUUCGCAUCUCCAUCUCCAAUGACCCAUGGGGCAAUGUCAGUUGGCUGAUUCCUGAGGCACAAGGAAAAGAGAGCCACAGGAUUGUCACAUUCUCGCAGCCGAAGCCGCAGACGGAACACUGGGAUCUUGACAGUGUGCCAAUGCACAACAUGGGCAAAUGA